UCCGGCGUCCGUGCUCGCCCGCGCAGUGGUCCUGUGGUACAGUACGUCAAAAUGGCUGGGAGCAUUCUCGAGAACCUAAGCGGUCGCAAGCUUGCCUGCAUAGUGGCGGUGGUGCUUACACUUCAGGUGAUCUGCUUCCUCAUCGGCGGCCUGAUCGCUCCAGCGCCAUCCAAUGCCGACCAGAUUCUCGCAACGAUAUGCAAGAGAGAUACAUUGCUUCCCAUGGGCACAUUUGACGACACCUGGCAUGUACCGCGUGGGCCUGGUGGCAAGCCCACAAACUGCAAUGUCAUCCACGAACUCUCAGACACGUCUAGGCUGGACCCCAACCUAACAGCCAACCACAUUGUCUUUGCGUUCCAAGCUCCAAGCCCGAGAUCGGAUAUGGAUCUUGACUAUUCACGGUGGAUGCAAAACCUUAUAGGCAUCCUUCAACUGGACAUUAUUCAUAGUGACUCACACCCAAUGGUUGCAAGCCCACUACUUAGCCUUGAGGUCAAGCUUGGCUACAGGAAUAAGCAUGACCCUCCAGACAAAUGGACGCUUGUGGCAAAGUCUGUUGAGGAACGCUAUUUGCAUUGCGACGUUAACAGCACUAAGAUUUCUGAUGGCCAUGCAUACAACUGUGACAUUCUAAGCCUCUUCGAGCUGGGGAGCCUCCACCAUGACUAUUAUCUCUUGAAUCUGCGACUGCCAAUACACGAAGAGAGUCCGGGCAACAAAGAGCUCAGGGAAGUCAGAGAUGUCUGGCUCGUGCUUAUCCAUCAAAAUGGCGGCUUCACCAAGGUGUGGGUCUCGCUCAAAACGUUCUUCUUUCCCAUUGUGCUGUCUACGCUCAUCUGGUUCUGGCGGAGAAUCAGGAUGCUGGCACGCCCACCGCACCUCAUUGAAGGAUUGCUGCUUUCCCUGGGAAUCGCUUUGACACUACUCAACUUGCCCCUGGAGUUUCUCACUCUUUGGUUCAAGCUGCCUUUCAUGUUGCUCUUGAGUGACAUCAGACAGGGGAUAUUCUAUGCAACGCUGCUCAGCUUCUGGCUCAUUUUCUGUGGAGAGCACCUCAUGGAGGGCCGCAGGGAUGAUGUCGAACGCAACCGGUUACGGUCAUACUGGAAGCACCUUAGUGCUGUGAUAACAGGCUGUGUCUGCCUCUUUAUAUUUGACCUGUGCGAAAGAGGGAUUCAGCUGAAAAACCCAUUCUACAGCAUCUGGGCAACUCGCAUUGGGAGCAACCUUGCUCUUGCAUUCAUCAUUGCUGGCGGGGUUUCAGCCGGGAUAUACUUCAUCUUCCUUUCGUACCUGCUUUAUCGCGUUCUUCGCAACAUUAGCUUCAAGAGGAGUGCCCUACCAAGCAUGAGUCAGGCACGCCGGAUGUACUACGAGGGCAUCAUAUACAGGUUCAAGUUCCUGCUCCUGGCCACACAGAUCUGUGCAGCCCUCACUGUGAUUGCCUACAUCAUAGGACAGGUGAGCGAGGGUCGCUGGAAGUGGGAUGACGACAUUGACCUGGAGUUCACGUCCGCUUUUUUCACGGGCGUUUAUGGCAUGUGGAACCUUUACGUCUUCAUGCUGCUCGUUCUUUAUGCACCAUCUCACAAGUAUUACCCAACACCCGCUGAUCAUUCCACAAGCCAGGAAGAAAUCGAAUUCAGCCGACUUACGACUACCGAGCCCGUGCCUACAGAGCCUACGGAGUCAUCAUCGCUGACGGAGUUUGCCAAGAAGGCAGCAUUGGAUUAGUUUCCAACUCGUGCAACUCAUCCGAGUCCUCCAACAGUUUCGUUUGUUUUUCCUUCGUGGCCUUUUAGGACAAUCAAAGUUUCAUAUUUACUGGCCUAACACUCACAAGGCGGGCUACGCAGACAGGUGUAUUCGCAGUAUUACUUCAAGCCAGUAAUUCCCAAAUAUUUGCCAAGUGGCCGCUGACCCGUUAAAAAAUAGUGAAUGCCAGCCCUGAGUCUAACAAUUGACGAUGCCGGAAAAAUAAGGAAACUUAUGCAGGAAAUUUUUCUUUUAGUGUCUAGGCACAGGUAGUCCGCUGAGCUAACUACGAUAUAACAAUAGUGUAGUGACAUAAAGACAAGAAUGAUGAGCAAAAAAAGGGCAAGACUUUGUGCUGUGUCCUGUUUGUAUGCUUAAACUUUUUGGCAUGGAGAACAACGAGACGAAAAGGAUGAGAAGGAUGCAGAGUCCCUUGUGUGUCCUUAUGCUCCCUUGUCAUGGCGGUGUGCUGUUGUUCACCAUGCUUCGAUUCGCCCAAAUGGUCACUUUGCUAUCUGUAGCCAGCAUGAGAAACGGUUGCUUGUGGCUUAAGUGAAUUAAUCUGUCCAUGACACUUGCAGUCAUGAUUGUGAGCGUAACGUCUGCUUGUUCUAGUUCACAACGCAGAGACAUGGAGUACACGCAAAUGCUGUAUGGCAUUUAGCGCUCGGGAAAAGUGAUCAAGAAAGCUUUCCCGUUUGUAAAACACAUACUCUCCAUUUGAAAUUUUCAGCAAAACGAAAAAUCAGCAUUAGUGUAAGCUUAUUCUUACGAUCAUCGGCCAGACAAAAGUUCCUUUGUUGUUUUGCUGACUAACUCAUCCGAGCAUAGCGAAGCCGUUCCCAGAGUUUCGAUUGCCAUUUGGGAAGUGCUGCUGGAAGACCGGCAUGGCCAAGUGUUCAAUAUUCCAUUCACAGUCUAGCGGGCAUUUAACUGUUCACUUGGUCGCAAUAGUUCUUUGUAGCCUUUUUUGUCCUUUCUCUUGUCUGCGUGUGCUAGUUUGAACACUUUUUGACUGGCCAGCUUCUUUACAGCUUGGUUUUGACUCUUCAUAAUGUAAUGUUUAUGCCUGCUUAUGUGAUGUGCUUAUUCUGUAUGAGGCAUUUGAGAUUAUUGCGUGUUUUUUUUUCUUGCCUUCUACACAAUUUUAUAUUGAUUUAUCGAGACUGUUUCAAGGCUCCUUGUGGGUGUUAUCAUGCUUUAGUUUUCUCCAAGUCCAACUGUGUUACCCCCAUUGCCAUAUUUUUGUUGUUAUUCAGAGCGGGCAUUUCCUCGUACAUAUUGUUCCUGGCACCCUGCUAAGUCUGGAUGUUUUUUAUGGUGUUGCUUUGUAGAUGCAUAGUUGCAGCGCCUUAGGAGACUCUUUGUUUCGACCCAUUAAUUUCACACAUCAAAGUGUGGCAGCUAUUUUAUGUCAACUUUCAUUUUGCAGCAAUAUCUUCGAAUUGGUGCAGUUCUUCAUGCCCUAGUAUUCCUUUGCUUGGACCACUGGUAACACGUUCAAACACUGCACCUGCAAUAAAUGAGUUAGCUAAUCUAUUUCUACUUACAUUGCAUCUUUGAACAAACAGGGUUCUACUAUAUGUUCUUUCCUCCCAUGUGUGUUUCUGUCAUGUAAAUUUGGGGGCCAGCGAAGUGUUGUGACAGGGUGCGCUUCUGGCAUUUAAAGCGAGUUCCCGGCUUUUGGAAGAGCAGCGUUUUAUGGUUAAUGAAAGUUGCAACUUUUUUUGUCAACAACCUUCAUAUGUAACUGUGAUUUUUUUUAUCCCGCUAAAAAUAUUUCAUCAGUGGUACUGUUUUACAUCGCUUGAAGUAGGUUGUGUAUCGGUAGUUAGUGUGUCGCCCUCACUGCACAUAUUCAUAUUUUGCUUGUCUAGCCGUGUGCCAAAGGUAUAGUAUAUGUGUGCAGUCAAAACUCUGCAUGACUUCAUGUAAGAGAGAGUUGUACAUGACUGAGUUUAGUUAUCUUCUCUGUUCAUUUUUAAUGCAUGUCUGUUAUGUUGUAAAAGCUGUGCAACAAUUUUUGCUUUGUUAUUUAUAUCUGGUAAUUCAAUGUAUCCAUGUUCGUUAAGGUAUUGCAAUUCAGCUGUACUUUCAAAGGCAAACGUCAGCUCUUACACUUAAGAGAAUGUAAGUGAUAUUCAGUAAUAUUCUCAUGAGGCAAAUGCUUAACCAAUACAAACAACUAUUUCAACCAGCCGAAUUCCAGCAACUAUUCUGAGAAAAUUUUAUUCUCUAAACUAUGUGUUUUGCAUAGAUUGGCAACUCCUACUUUCCAAAAAAAGUGGAAGUGGGCAUUGUCUAAGUAAAAUCUUUAAAAACUUUUUUUACAAAAUUUUGGGCUGCUGGUUUGUGUGCACAUGUCAAUUUUGUUUGCCUUACAUGUUCCAACAAGUGUAGUAAGCAUACGCUGAAGAAAUGUGCUUUGUCAUUCUUGUGAACGUGGAUUUCAAAGUGUCGCAAUACCUAUCAUUUUUUUUUCAGAAUUUUUUAGCAUUUUUGUGUAAGGACUUCAUUGGGCAACCUGUUCUGAAGAGUUGGUGAAUAGUAUCUUUUUUUUUUUAAUGAAAGAUUACACUCCUCUUUUUUUAUUGCUGUUUUCAUGCGAGAUCAUUUAUGCAUCGUGCAUACUUUUCCAACAGGUGGUGCAAGAGCUGUAGCUUUCUCACGGUGGUGUCUCGUAGUGCUAGGAUCUCUGCAUAUCGUCUUGUCGCAUGUUCUGUGGUAGUACUGGAGUGCAAUGGCGUGUGUUUGUUUUCAAAAAUUUUUCUGCGUGUCAUUUUUUUUUGCUAGCAACAGCACUGCAUUUCUUUUACACUUGUUUGUUACUUUACAUAACAAAGCAGUGAGAACUUGGUGCGUUGUGUAGCUGUCUCUCUUGUAUUUAAAUUCUCAAAUGUUACUUCCUCAAAUGGAGUUUUUUUUGCUAGUGUGAGCCAGUUUUGCAAAAUAAAAUGUUCUAUGUCAAGCCC